AUGGCAGACAAAUAUUACCGUUUGGUCAGUUUAGUAGUAAAUGUAUGUCCUCUACCUCUACGGGAACUGUUUCAUCUCUGUGCACAAACCGAUAAUCAGUUCACUGCAUCAUACACAGCACAAAGUUACUUGCAGUUUAGACGAAGUGAUGUAGCACAUGCACUCGCAACAAAGACAAUCAGAAGAGAUCAAUACAACAAAAUAUAUCCAGCGACAGGACAAACAGAUCUCACUGGCUGGGAUACGACUUUGCUUAUAGCUAUUUUGAAACUGCUUUUUAGAAAUACGCUUACUGGUCAAGUACUGAAUGACAUAGAGCAUAUCCGAGAUGGUCGAAAUUACUUGCAACAUAUCUCUGCCACUGCAAGCGUGUCAGAUGCUGACUUCAGUACAAAAUGGGGAGACCUAGAGGCUGCAACUGUAGCGCUGGCGAAGAAUGCUAAAGGUGCUCUCUACGCUGACGAGAUACAAAAGAGAAUAAACAGUGCAAAAACAAGUCAUAUGCCUGACCUUGGAGAUGUUCUUUGCGACUGGUACAAAGAAAAUACUCUACGUCUUGAAAAUAAGGUCGAUACACUACAGGAAGAAGUUACAUACCUAAAAGAAAAGAUAGACGCCGUUUCUAAAGACACACAACAUACAAAGUCGUUACUCGACAAAGGCACUGUGAAGACAGUAAAUUCUUCAGGUGAAAGCGCAAACCGUUUUAAAACAGUGGAUAACCAGCUGGAUGUUAUGCAACGCAGAUUUUCUGAAACUAUGAGGCAUGGACUACAGAGCGACAACCCGAUUACUUUCGUAGAAUUGUCUUGCAUUACCGAGAAACUGCGCGAAGACCAUUUUGUAGUUGUUUGUGGUAGUGGAAGGAGUUUAUAUUUCCAAGCCGCACUGACAGCCAUAAAAAACAUGGGAUAUGCUGAAGACAAAUGUUUCGAGUUAAGCAAGGCAUCAGAUUGGUUGCGCGUUUCCUUUGAAGAAGCUGAUUGUAUAGUUGUGGUGAAUCCUUUCGGAAAAGUGUCUUUUGACCAACACAAAGCUUCAGCGAUGUCAGACAUAUUCGACAGCAUAUUGAGUGCGACAAAAGAUGAAAAGUACCGGGACUUCUCAUUCCGUGAUAUUGUUAUAAUAUCAGAUAAGGCGUUGCUUGAUGAGUGUAAGAAAUACUUUUACCACAAACUACUUGAAGAGGAGAUCACUAUCUUGGAUAAUAGUCAUAUACUUGCCAGUAAAGGUAUGUGUUACAUAAAUGUCAUAUAUACAGUGUCGGUAGAGACAUCGCCUUCUCUCUAACGCAAAGCCGGGGAUGACAAUGACGAUACAUAAAUUAUUGAAGUUUCAUCAUAUCAUGCUAAGUCAUCGUGACAUAGCGCUUUGUACCGACUACGAUGGCAAAGCGCGACAUCACAAUUGCAAAACUUAGCAAAUUUAACAU